GGCCAAGCUGUCGUCAGUGGGGAGCAUCUCGGAGGAGGAGACGUGCGAGAAGCUCAAGGGCCUGAUCCAGAGGCAAGUGCAGAUGUGCAAGCGGAACUUGGAGGUCAUGGACUCAGUGCGCCGAGGCGCCCAGUUAGCCAUCGAGGAGUGCCAGUACCAGUUCCGGAACCGGCGCUGGAACUGCUCCACACUCGACUCCCUGCCAGUCUUUGGCAAGGUGGUGACACAAGGGACUCGGGAGGCGGCCUUCGUGUACGCCAUCUCUUCAGCAGGUGUGGCCUUCGCAGUGACACGGGCAUGCAGCAGCGGGGAGCUGGAGAAGUGCGGCUGUGACCGGACAGUGCACGGGGUCAGCCCACAGGGCUUCCAGUGGUCAGGAUGUUCAGACAACAUCGCCUAUGGCGUGGCCUUCUCACAGUCGUUUGUGGACGUGCGGGAGAGAAGCAAGGGAGCCUCGUCCAGCCGGGCACUCAUGAACCUGCACAACAACGAGGCUGGCAGGAAGGCCAUCCUGACACACAUGCGGGUGGAGUGCAAGUGCCACGGGGUGUCAGGCUCCUGUGAGGUGAAGACCUGCUGGCGAGCCGUGCCGCCCUUCCGCCAGGUGGGCCACGCCCUGAAGGAGAAGUUUGAUGGUGCCACUGAGGUGGAGUCGCGCCGCGUGGGCUCCUCUAGGGCGCUGGUGCCGCGCAACGCACAGUUCAAGCCACACACGGACGAGGACCUGGUGUACUUGGAGCCCAGCCCAGACUUCUGUGAGCAGGACAUGCGCAGUGGUGUGCUGGGCACAAGGGGCCGCACGUGCAACAAGACAUCCAAGGCCAUCGAUGGCUGCGAGCUGCUGUGCUGUGGCCGCGGCUUCCACACGGCACAGGUGGAGCUGGCCGAGCGCUGCAGCUGCAAGUUCCACUGGUGCUGCUUCGUCAAGUGCCGGCAGUGCCAGCGGCUCGUGGAGCUGCACACGUGCCGGUGACCACCCGCCCACACGCUGGCACCCGCCUCGCAGCCAGGGAAGGUCAAUAAUUUAAACAGUCUCCCACCACCUACCCCAAGAGAUACUGGUUGUAUUUUU